AUGGCUGCGCAGUAUGAGGAAGGUAGGUGAAAUAUAUUAUACCUCAAAUUUUAAUUCUCCAAUGACAAUACGACCUUUCUGCCAUGCAUGUGUGAGCAGGUUCAGUUCUCUAUGCAAUAUAACUAUGAGAUCAGCUGGAUUGUCCAUUUUGUGUCUGAAAAUCGACAAAAAAACUCAGGCAAAACCUAUAGUCGCUGCGCCUAGAAAGCCCGAGAGAACAGUACCAUAUGAAUAUUUGCAAAAGCCUUACUGUACCUAUGUAAUUUCUGUAACAGGUAAUAUUUAUGAUUGUCAAAUAAACUUGUCUUUCUUCAACAGAAUUGUUUGAACAAACAGGACAGUAUGAACCAAUUACAACUCGGAUUAGAAAUAUACUCCGAGAGUACAAAGAUGGCGUUGGUGUUUUCAAAGAGCUGAUCCAAAAUGCGGACGAUGCAGGUGCUACUACAGUCAAAUUUUUGGUGGAUUGGAGAAAGGGUCAAACGGGAAGCCUAUUCUCUCCUGGCAUGGCCGAAUGCCAAGGUCCAGCUCUAUGGGCUUACAAUAAUGCUGUGUUUACUGAUGAAGAUUUUGAAAAUAUCAACAAGCUAGCUGGAGAAACGAAAGUGGAAGAUAUUUCGAAGAUUGGUCGGUUUGGGCUUGGUUUUAACGCUGUCUAUCACCUCACUGAUGUACCGAGUUUUAUCAGCCGAGAGCACUUGGUCGUAUUCGAUCCAAACACUUACCAUUUACAACGUCACAUUAAGGACAGGUCCCGUCCUGGAAUUCAUAUUAACCUUGCUACGAAACCAGAGUCCUUAACACGAUACCACGACCAGUUUCAGCAGUACAAUGGCAUCUUUGGUUGUAAUACUGUACAAAGACGCGAUGGCUUCUACUUUAACGGAACAUUAUUUCGCUUUCCAUUUCGUACGGCUUCCCAAGCAAGCAGUAGUGAUAUCUGCAAAAUUACCUAUGGUCGAGCCAAGAUUGAAGCCAUUGUUUCCAACCUUUGCGAAUGUGCUUCGACUCUGCUGAUCUUUUCCCAACAUGUGAAGGUGGUAGAAGUCUAUGAAUUGAAUGGAUCGAGUCUGCCUGAAAAAAUGCAAUUGGUGUUAUCUGUAAACAAAGUGGUGAAGAACAAAACACCGUUCAUUGAGCAGUGUGCAAAAUGGUGGGAACGAUACCGUGAAUCUCAAAUACCCUGCACUGAAUAUCCGUCUGGCUGUGAGCUUGUUAAAAUUGUGACCAGAAAAGAACCAUCAGAAUUGAGUGGAUGUCGCCGUAGAUACAACAAUGAUCUGACAUGGCUUGUGGUAUCCACCAGCGGGACUGACGCCUCACUUGCAGUUGCACGUUCACCAGAAGGGCGAGCUCGUGGUUUUUUACCCUGUGGCGGAGUAGCAUUUGUUCAGAAAGUUUCCAGGAAAGAUUCCAGCAAGUCGGAUGUCGCUUCACAUCCUUCUGGGGAGCUGUUUUGUUUUCUUCCGUUAUCUAUUCUUACCGGGCUGCCUGUGCAUGUGAAUGGCUACUUUGCUAUCAUGUCCAAUCGCGUUGAAAUUUGGAAACGAACGAUUAUGCGAACUCAGCCUAUCGAGGUGGAAUGGAAUGAAGCACUUAUGGAAGACGCAUUGGCCAGAGCUUAUAUCAUGCUCAUUGAGAAAAUGAAAGAAUUGAUUGGCAAUGUUCAGGAUUACAAAUUCCACACUUUGUGGCCAAGUAUUGAUGCCGUUGAUAUGAAAUCCUGGGAGAAGUUAGUCCAGAAAAUAUGUAGUGUAUUGUUAGGGCAGCAGUCUAAGCUAUUUUACAGCGACGGAAUAUGGAUGAGUAUCACUGGUGGUUUCUUGUUGAGCGAUGAUUUUAACGAUAUCUACGAGACUGUAGUGGAAGUGCUAAGAUCACUAGGGAUACAUGUUUUUAACCUACCCGGUAAAAUUUUGCAAACUUUGAUGAAGGUCGACCGACAGGGUAUCUUGCAACGACGUACCUUGACCUUUAUAACAUUUGUGAGACAAUACUUCUUCCCAAAGGUCAAAACCCUCAAUGCAACUCAGCGAGAUGCUAUCGUUUGCUUUUGUUUGGAUCGUAUCCUAAAAGGAAAUAGAUUAUUUCACUCUUCGUGUAUUGAAGAGAGCAGUCUCUUUAAACAAAAUGCCUGUAUUUCAGUGUCACAAAAUGGGAAAACCCUUGCGAAGCCUUGUGAACUUAUCCAUCCUUUCAGUCCUGCAGCUAAGUUGUUUUCCGAACAAGAUCACCGUUUUCCAGUUGGAAAUGGCCUCCGUGAUUCUAAGCGUCUGUAUGUUUUGGAAACACUUGGUAUGGUAAAAGACCUUGAUUGGACAGGAAUCCACGAAAGAGCUCAGUCUAUCGCCAAAACUAAUGAUCUAGAACGCUCUCAAAAACUAAUCGAAUACAUUAACAGGCGAAUAGAUCAACUGCCAAAGCCCGAUGGGUCUAUCAUUCAAAGGAUAAAGUUCUUGCCAGUUUUAAGACAUCCUGUAGAUGAAUACCUUUUACCUUGGAAAGGAUCAACAGGGUCUGCUUUGCCACUUUUUUGUGCACCAAACGAGGUUUUUCUACCAGAGGAUGCCAAGCUGGUCGGCUCAUCUUCUUUAAUUGUAAACACAUCCGACGAAAGUGGUUGUGGAGAAAUGAAUGCUAAAGUGAAAGAUCUUUUGGGAUUUUCGAGCCAUGUGCCUACUGAGGGGUUGGUGAUUCAACAGUUAGACGAAGCGAUUAAGUUUUGGAAAAAGUUGUCCGAAGAGGAAAAGCAAGAUAUGAGGAAGAGAUUCGCCAUUGAAUCCGUCUGCCGAAAAAUUUACAGAUUCUUUAAUGAUAGGAUCGUAGAGAAUGCAAGAAAUCGUUUCCUAAACGAGCUAGGUAGACGAAAUUGGCUGUUUCUUCAAGGCAAGUUUGUGCAAAGCGUGAAAGUGGCUCAUAAUUCUAACGGGAACGGAGAUCCAUUUUUAUUCAGCCUGCCUUCCGACUACAAACGGAACUAUCAACAUUUGUUUGAAGCGAUGCAAAUCAAACAUUUUUUUGGUGAUGUCGACUACAUCGGUGCUCUUUAUGAAAUAGAAAGCACAAAGCAAGGAAGUGUUCUAACAGAAAAUGAAUUACACAUUGCAGUAUUUUUCAUCAAUGAAAUUGAUGUCGAAAAUCCCACUCUGAAGAAUUACAUCGGCAACAUUCCACUGCCGGACAUUAACGGUAUUUUGCGCCGAAGCCAAGAUGUUGUUGUAAAUUUAAGUUUGUGGUUCAAGGAUCCUGAUGACAAUCUUAAAGUCCACGAGAAGAUACCACCACAAACGGCACAAGCCCUGGGCGCUAAACCGUUGAAAAAUGUUAUACUGAAGAAGUGUUCACAUCGCAUUGGCUAUGGAGAGUCGUUCGGACAAUACGAGGAGUUAACUGACCGACUGAAAGGAAUUCUAGAUGGAUAUCCUCCUGACGGAAUACUAAAAGAACUCGUACAAAACGCUGACGAUGCUGAAGCCUCACAGAUACAUUUCAUACACGAUACUCGGUCUCUGGGAUGUGAAAAAGUGGCGACAGAAGACAAAACAUGCAAAGAAAUACAAGGACCGGCGCUGUGUGUGUACAAUGAUAGACCAUUUACCGAAAAAGAUCUCGAGGGAAUUAAGAAACUUGGUAUUGGAAGCAAACGAGAUACCAUUGAGACAACUGGGAGGUAUGGAAUUGGUUUCAACUCAGUAUACCAUCUUACGGACUGUCCAAGCUUUCUAUCGAAUGAUGAUACCCUAGUGAUUCUUGAUCCCCAUCGUCGCUAUGUCCUAGACGAAGAUCCUGGCAAAUUAUUCAAGCUUACUGCAAAACUCCGAAAUGAUUGCUCCGAUACACUCAAUGGAUAUCUUGGUGACCAUUUUAAUUUACAAGGCUCGACAAUAUUCCGUUUUCCACUGAGACAAAAAAGAACUGAAUCAAAGAUAUCCAAUAUGUUUCCUAACAUGGAGAAACUUCUAAAGACCUUUCAAGAAGAAGCCCGAAAGUCGUUGUUGUUUUUAAAUCAUGUUAAGAAGAUAACACUCUCAAAAAUUCAUCCAGACAACAAGCUCGAAAAAAUAUAUCAGGUCGAGACCGUGAUAGCUUCAGAGGAUGAAAAGAAGCGCCAAGACAUGGCACGAAAGAUUUGUGAGCUUAAUGACACUCCAACAGCAAAAAUUGGAUGUGAAAGAGUCAAUUACACCGUAACAAUUAAAGAAAACGCGAAAGAAGUCGAGAGAUGGUUGAUACAGAAGUGCAUUGGAUCUAUCAUCACUACAAAGAAAUACGGUGAAAUUCCUGAUGGUCGCAAACUUGGUCUUUUUCCACGUGGUGGCUUGGCAGCUCGGCUAUGGACACGAUCAUCAUCCUCUGGAAAGCAACCGGCGUUUCGUGGUAUAGUGUAUUGUUUUCUACCUCUCCCCGAGAACUGCACUAAUCUACCAGUUCAUGUAAAUGGUCAUUUUGCCUUGGAUAACAACAGACGACGUCUUUGGACGGAUACAGAUGGCAAGGGGGAAAGGUCUAAGUGGAACCACUUUAUGAAUACUUGUGUGUUACCACCUGCCUAUGCCGCUUUGAUCCAGGAAGCUCGUAACCAUCUUUGCAAUGACGAGGACGACAACCAACUGUCACGUUAUCAUGCUUUGUUCCCGAAAGUUUUGAGUGAUACGCCUUGGAAGACUCUUACGACUGAAUUGUAUCGCUACCUGGGACAAACGAGAGCAAAAGUGUUGCCAUUGCUAGUUCCAAUCGAGUCAGAAAGGGAAGCGACUACCAGUUUCUUACAACGUCUUCCAGGAAGUAGCUUCUUCUCUACUGUUGGUGGAUUAAUGAUUUCCUACAUGAAGAAAACGGACACUUCUGAAACACAGCCCGUUAAAGUCAAGUUUACUAGUUGGCUUUCAGUUGACCAAGCAUACUUCGUCAGUUCUGGUGUGGAGGAUGAUUUCCUGCACUUGUUAAUACGAAUUGGCCUCCCCAUUUUGCUUCACGCUCCACGCCGAUUACACAGUGGUUUUAGAUCAGCAGGAUUAAUAACUUUGCAUGAAAUUAGUCCGGGAAGCAUCAUUGAUUUCCUAAGAGAAUUCGAAUCGAGAAGAUCCUUAUGUAAGAUUGACAAUCUUCCAGAAAAACUGGAAACCACUGCAGUCAAAACUGUUCCAGAAUUGUCAGCAUUAAUAGAAUAUUGUUGUAAAGAUAAAGAUUUUGGCAAACAGUUAGAAGGCUUGCCUUUGCUACUAACAGAAGAUGGUUACCUAAGAGUAUUUGAUCCACGUCAACCUGUGUUUCUUUCUAAAUUUGGCGAUCUUUUCCCAACGCAGUCACACUUGUUUGUUCACUCUAAAAUUGUUUGCCAUAUCCCGUGGACCGCUACCAAAUCGGAAGAAAACAUCAUCCGCGAGUUUACUGUGCGAGACUUUGCAGAAUUGUUGCCACAAGUGUUCACAGACAAAGUGUUAAGAGCUAUCAAAAAUGAUGCAAUAUGGAAAUUUCCAGCCGAAGGGAUACUAUCUGAACAAUGGUUCAAAAAAUGUUGGGACUUCUUACAAAACCACGCAAAGGCCGAGCCUGAUGAAGACUUUGUAUCCUUAAAAUGUUUAUCAGAAUGGCCUGUGAUUCCAACAACAUGUGGAAAAAUUGUGACGAUCAAGGACGCAAAAACUGUCUUGGAUAUGACAGCCUCUGGAACCGAGUCUGCAGAGCAACUAAAUGUGCGCGAAUUCUUGAGUAAUUUGAAAUGCCUAGUGUUGAACAAGGACAUCACUUUCAACGACGGACAUUCUAGUGCUACUAAUCAUAUUACCGAAGACUCUGCCACGAUACAGAUACCUAGCAAAAACGUUCUUGAAAGGAAAAAAGCUGUCACUGAUCCUUAUGUGGCACACCCUCACAAUGUUGUUGACGUCUUGAAAGUCCUGCAUCAUAUGUUGAAGACAAGCAAGCUGAACCUCUCAGAAAUACAAGAAGAAGAAAUUCACAAUUUUCUCCAGUUCGUGCAAGAUAAUUACGAAAGGUCGGGGCUGUUGGAACAAUGCAAGAAAAUGGUAAAGGAUUUACCGUUCCAUAAAGCAUUGGAUGGACAGUUUGUGAGUUUGAUCGAUCAGUGUUCUUCGUAUGCUCUUAUUCCUUCUGGCGUUCCAACACAACAGCUAGACGAGCUUCAACAGCGAGCUAAAUGUUUUUUCCUGAACUCUGAUGCUUUACCUGCACUUGAUAAACUUUACAGCGACCUUGGUGUUAAAGCUGGUCAAGAUGUCACGCAGUUUUACGUGGAGUAUGUCUUCAAACAUUUCAGCAUGUUUACUAGAGAAAGCCAAAUAAAGCAUCUUAUUUACAUCCGUGAUGAGUACCCAAUUCUUGCUCACAAGAAGAUGUUAGUGAAGAGUAUGACUGAAAGUCCCUGUAUUCCUGAUCAAAAUGGCGAUCUUCAUUUCGCUUGGGAAUUCUUCGAUCCGAACAACGAAAUGUUCAAAAUGUUUGAAGAUGAUUACGAUAUGUUCCCUCCGGCGCCAUUUAACGAUACACAUUGGUUUCAUCUGCUUUAUGAUAUUGGACUGCAAGUUGAUAUUACUCCUCAAUUAUUCCUACAAUUUUGUACGACGGUUGCCAAGGUUGGAAAGGAGGACUCUAGUAACCAACGGAACCGCAAACGAUCUGAAGUACUAGUAAAGUGUCUAUUUUUCGAGAAAACCUUGCGAGAUGAGACAUUUUUAUCUCUAGUAUCGCAAAUCAAAUUCAUUGCUCCAGCCAAAGUGGAAGAAAAACUAACCUCAAUACACGAGCAGCACCAGUGCCCAGGAAACGCCAAACUACCUUUCCUCAAAUUCAUAGAUGGAGUACCGUGGUAUUACAGAAAUAUAACUUGGACAACCGCUCCCAUUCUCCCAAUCUGGGCACAACCAAACAACAUGGCUGAAUUGAAAAACCUUCGUAUUGCUUGCUCCGGACCAAGAUAUACAAAUGUUCUUGGCCAUCUACAAAACGUAGCUAAAUCAUACAAUCCUGACUCAGUAGAUAGUACUCAAUUACAUGAAAUCACCAAGUCCAUUUAUCAGUCUCUAUGGAAGUCCACAAAAUGUUGUUGUCGCAGUCCAAAUGACGAAUGCAGCGAUAUUUGUAUCGAUAUGGGUACUUGCCUAAAGAAUGUUCCAUGCAUAUUUUUACAAGAAGAUAAAACGUUUGUGAAAGCAGAACAAAUGGUGUUCAGACUUUCUGAAAACAGCCCUUUGAAACCAUUCCUCUAUCCUGUACCCCGGGAAUUUGGGGAGUUGGAGCAUUUUCUCAAACGACUUGGUGCAACUGAGAAGCCAACACCGUUACAGAUUGCUUACGUUCUCAAUUCUAUAUACAAUGAAGGCGGAGAAGGGGCACUAUCUACUGAAGUGGAGGAGAAAGUCAAGUAUGCUAUGCAUAUGCUAUUUGAAUUACUUUCCAAGGGCGAAAGUGCUGAUGGAAUAAAUGAAUUGUAUUUACCAAAUCAAAGUAAGCAGCUUGUCAAAUCCUGCGAAAUGGUUUGCAAAGUUUCGUCACGUUUUACGGAAGUAAUUGAAAACCUCCAACGUCCGAUCCUUUUACGAUUCGAAGAGUGCGGACUUAACAAGAUUGCUGAUGAUUACAUCGACGCUUUACCGAAGCGUUUACGUCCUACGAAAUUUGACGAAAUAUUCCGGGAAGAAGUCGAUCCCGAGUGCAAUGUUUAUAUCUGUCCAGAGGCUCAACACGGUUCCACAUGCAAAUUCCAACAACAAUUUGAGGAUCUGUUGCGAUCUGAUCAGUUUCAAGUGGGGCUUAAACGUUUACUUAUGGAAAAUCGCCAAGAUCCUCAAGAAUUUGAGCAAAGAAUGAAGAAACUGCAAACGGAUGUUAAAACGAAGUGCACGGGAUUUGAAAACAUAAAGAUCCAUAUUAUCGAUCGUAAUACCGAAGAAGUUGUAGAUAAAUUGGAAGACAGUUGUUAUGCAGUACACGGUGAAAGCACAUGGUCAUUGUACAUGCAACACGACUUUAAAGAUGACAAAAAUUCAGUUUCAACCGGUACUUGUGUUAACAAGAUUCUAGGAGAUUGCAUACAAAAAGAAAAGGGAAUGAUUGCAAUGUUAGGCUGUUCUUCUCCAAGUGAAAUCACAAGAGCGUUGGAUAAGCUUGGUAUUACUCGGAGUACUUUCAAAGCUGAUAAUGAUUUCACUGAUUUUGAUGAUGAACAAGUUCCUGGAUUGGGUCUUGGUGGUGGUGGUGGUGGUGGACGUACAAGGUAUAGCAUAUAUAUUUUAAUUAUUUUGAAACCAGUUGUCGAGCUCUAAUCGUAAGUGAUGCCAAUGUAAGGUGUAUGGGUAAAUCUCAUGUUUAUAUAUAGGCUGUUGGGUAGAUUGCAUUGAAGGUUUUUGUUAACCCAGGAUUAGCCUAACCGGUUUUUGAGCAACUGACUCCAGACCAAUAAGUGAUAUAGGAAGAACAAUUUAGAAAGAAGUAAUAGAGCUACCCAGUAUAAAUAGAGUUACAAUCACGUGCAAAAUUACUGAAACAGGAAGGUCUUAAUUUGUCCCCUUUCCCUUUCAUAUAUUAUUGUAAACAGGAUAUAAAGGACAGUCAGCCGAAAUUGUUUUCUCAAAAAUUACAGAGAAAAAGAAAACGUGAAAAGUCCCAUUAUCUUUGUACUUGAUUGCAUGUAGCUAGAUUUAGAAUUUAGCUCGAAAGGUGACUUGAGAUGGCCUGGAUUACGGUUAGGAUAAUGUUUAGUGCUAGGAUUAGAUUAAUGGGAUAAAAGUAAGGAUUGAGAUUUGGUUCAGGAUGAAGUUAAGGUUACAGAACACCUUUGAGUGUUAAUUUUGCCUAAAUUUUUUUUUUGGUUUCCAUGAAAGCGUUAGACUAGUUCUGCUAUCUGAUCAAGUUUGGACGAAAAAUGUUGAAAACUCGCAGAGUUAUUUAAUAAAAUACAUUUCGCUUGCAAUAAGAAAAACAUUCAAAAUGUAAUAUUCAAAUUCAAUUUUCUCCCGAAGAAUUUUACGGCAAUUACUGAUUUUUAAACGAGUUGUGCUCCUGCGGAUUUUAACGAAUUUCUCUCAAAUUUUCACAGGACAUAGCUAAAGACGUCAGUUUCAAAAUUGUGUUCGGCUUUGUUCUAAUUUUGGACAUUUUAAUAAUGAGCAAUUCACACAAACGAUUCAGAAAAAUAUUGCAGUCGUGCAGUUUUCCUGAAUAAUUCUUACAUUAUUUUAUUGUUUGUCAAUUUUACAACUUUAUCAUAUUUUGCAUGCACUGGUUAACAUUUGGUGAAAAUUUGAUGAAAAUCGGACUGAUUUUGAGCGCGCAGUAGCGAUUUUUUCCACAAAACGCCGAAAAGGGUGUCCUGUAACCUUAAAUAUUAAAUCAGGAUGAAGGAUUCGGGCUAGGAUUACGAUCACAGUUGAAAGGAUUACGUGCAAGAAAUCACUGCAUUUAAUCACGGUUUUUAAAUAAACGCAUUCCAGGAUUAGAGAUGAAAUUGAAGAUGAAAGAUUUUACCCAAAGAGCCGCGAGAAAGCCAUGCGAUGGCUACAACAAUCUAAGAGUGAUUUGCAAAGUGCAAGAUGGUUACUUCGAUUUGGUCCACCUUUCAGUGCUCAUGCAUGUUUCCAGAGCCAGCAGGUCGUUGAGAAAUGCUUAAAGGCCAUGUUAUUUUACUGCUGUGGUAUCCCUGGUCGAUUGCUCGAGUCUCACAAGGUGGACGAACUAGCGUACAAGCUCAUUGAAGAAACAGGAAAACCGGACGGAGCGGGAAUGCAGUCGGUGGGAAGAGUUGCCAGGUAUUACCUAAAUACUCGGUAUCCCAACUGCCAACAAUCCAAUGUCGUUCCAGCUGAGGCGUUCAACAAGAAUGAAGCAGAAAUGGCGGUUGAUGCAGCCUCGAAAGUGCUGGAAUUUGUUGAUGAAUACUGUUUGGAAGAAUAA